UCGGACAGUGUGCGGAGUGGAGCUCGCGCUGCGGCCUGGCCCAGUCACGCGCGUCAUGCCUCUGCCCGGGCUACACACUCUUAAACAAAUUUAUGAAAUGUUAAGUGCGAUUUGCAAAGAUUCUGUUCUUUAGAUUUUCUCUCAAUAAUAUUAGAGUGUUUGGAAUGAGAGAAUAUACUGAAAUAAUUCAAAUAUAAUGGCAAUAAGGUACACAUGUAUGUAUUGAUAAAGUUUACCAUGAGCAAACCAUGUUGGGCUCGUCCAGCCAGUGACCUGAACGUACAUGGUGUAAAAGUUAUUGUGGUCGUUUAGAUAGUCAAUUGAGUCCAGAAUUGGUCAAGUUACUAGUGCGGUGCCGUCAAGGAGAGCGAGAGUACCAUGAUGAUGGGACUCAGGGAUAUGACACUCUGCGCCUUGCAGCUACUCCUUUUCCUUCCAGGGUUGCGUGCCAACUGGGACGAAUGGUGGACCUACGAUGGCAUAUCAGGUCCGGACUUCUGGGGGCUAAUCAACCCUAACUGGAACAUGUGUGAGAGAGGUCGCCGCCAGUCACCCAUCAACAUAGAGCCUGAUAAACUUGUCUAUGACCCACACCUCCGGCACAUACACAUCGACAAGCAUAAGAUCUCUGGGACGAUCCACAACGCCGGUCAGAGCGUCCUCUUCAAGGUGGAGAAGGGCACCAAGCACCACGUCAACAUCACAGGCGGACCUCUCGUCUACAAGUACCGCUUCGAAGAACUCUACAUCCACUUUGGCGUCAAUAACGACAUGGGUUCAGAGCACCAGAUUAACGGUGCAACCUUUCCUGCUGAGAUCCAGCUGUAUGGCUUCAACGCUGACCUCUACCGCAACAUGAGCGAGGCCAGGCUGGGCUCCAACGGCAUCGUUGGUCUCUCUAUCAUGAUCCAGGAGGGCGAUGAAGGCAACGCGGACGUCGGGAUCCUGGCGUCGGGGUUCCAGAAGGUGGUGUUCCGGGGCCAGAAGUGGGCCAUCCGGCACCUGUCACUGGCAGGCCUGCUGCCCAGCACCCACCACUACAUGACCUACGACGGCUCCACCACCCAUCCCGGCUGCUGGGAGACCACCACCUGGCUCAUCAUGAACAAGCCCAUAUAUAUCACUAGGCAGCAGCUCUACGCCCUUCGGCUACUGAUGCAGGGAGAUCAGAAAUCUCCGAAGGCGAAGAUGGCGAACAACUACCGUCCCGUGAAGCCCCUGCACCACAGGACCGUCAGAACCAACAUCGACUUCACCAACGCCCACCGGAGUAAGGGCUGUCCCACCAUGCACCGGGAGAUGUUCUACGCAGCACGCCAGUGGCCCAAGCUAUAGCCGGAUACCUUCUUGUAGUGAGCUUCGUAACGCACCUAGUGAACCCAUCUCCCACUCCCUCCAUGACCCAGCCCCAGUGCCACACCGGAUCACCCGUGUCACACGCCAUCUCCCCUCUGCCACACUGCGUCUCCCGUCACCGGCGAUAGAGAAACACGGUAGCUGUGGCGCAGCGGGACAGCGUGCGUGAGGAGGAGAAAAUAGAACUAAUAGAAGAAAGGGAUAACGAACGGGGAACAGACAAAAAUGAAUGAUUCGAGGCUCGGUGGACGAGUGUAGGUAGUGUUGGGAGCAGCUCGGUUUGCUUCUUCUGUAUAUAUAGAGACAAGGCUGGUGUUGUGAUCCUGGGAGCAGGCGAGUAACGGGAUGGUGUUCAUGACCUUAGCCCGUAUAUUAGUGUUCUUCAAGAGGUUCUGAUGAUGAUGUGUGACAAGGGCACGAAGGCAGUUGUUCCGGGAUACGUCACGCUGUGUUAAACAUUAGAGUUUAAAAUAUCGCAAAAUCUAAAGUUAUUAAGAAAAUUCCGUUAAAUACAAUGACAGAAAAAUUCAGUUAAGAACUAGCGGCACAUUCUAUGUGUAAGAGAUAAGAAAAAUCAGAAAGAAAGUGAAAAUUCUAUACUAAACUAACAAGGUUCGUGUUAAAAAAAAUUUGCUUGCUUAAUUAACUGGUAAAUAUUAUUCUUAAUGUACAUAUAAGUUUUACACAGUGACGCUCCUUACCAGUGUAGUCUGUUCAUGAUUGAUACAGGUUAGACAAGGAUGCAGGCAAUAUAUA